GGCGCGCGGCCCCUCCCGCGGCGGCAUAAAAGGCGCGGGCUCCGCAGCGCAGGCGGCAGUGGGGGCCGGACAGCGCCUCGGUGCGGAGGAGCCGGAGCCGGAGCGCAGAGCGCGGCCGCCGCGGAGCCCCAGCCGCCGACCGAGCCGAGAGCCGAGCCGCCCGCGCCGGGCCCGCGCCGCAGCCAUGCCGGCCGCCCGCGCCGCGCGCACCUGUGCGCUGCUCGCCCUCUGCCUGCUGGGCGGCGCGGCCCAGGACUUCGGGCCCACGCGCUUCAUCUGCACCUCGGUGCCCGCGGACGCCGACAUGUGCGGCGCGGCCGUGGCGGCGGGCGGCGCGGAGGAGCUGCGGGGCAGCGUGCUGCAGCUCCGCGAGACGGUGCUGCAGCAGAAGGAGACCAUCCUCAGCCAGAAGGAGACCAUCCGCGAGCUGACGGCCAAGCUGGGCCGCUGCGAGAGCCAGAGCACCCUGGACGCCGGCGCCGGCGAGGCCCGGCCGGGCGGCGGCCGCAAGCAGCCCGCGGCGGGCAAGCACACGCUGGGCGACCCGUCCCGGACCACGCAGGCCGCCGAGACGCUCAGCCAACUCGGGCAAACUUUGCAGUCGCUCAAAACCCGCCUGGAGAACCUCGAGUACAGCCGGCUCAACUCCUCCAGCCAGACCAACAGCCUCAAGGACCUGCUGCAGAGCAAGAUCGACGACCUGGAGCGGCAGGUGCUGUCCAGGGUGAACUCGCUGGAGGAGGGCAAGGGCGGCCCCAAGAACGACACGGAGGAGAGGGCCAAGAUCGAGAGCGCCCUGACCUCGCUGCACCAGCGCAUCAGCGAGCUGGAGAAAGGCCAGAAGGACAGCCGCCCCGGGGACAAGUUCCAGCUCGCGUUCCCGCUGCGGACCAACUACAUGUACGCCAAGGUGAAGAGGAGCCUGCCCGAGAUGUACGCCUUUACCGUGUGCAUGUGGCUCAAGUCCAGCGCCGCGCCCGGCGUGGGCACGCCCUUCUCCUACGCCGCGCCCGGCCAGGCCAACGAGCUGGUCCUCAUCGGGUGGGGCAGCAACCCCAUGGAGCUCCUCAUCAACGACAAGGUGGCCAAGCUGCCCUUCGUCAUCAACGACGGGAAGUGGCACCACAUCUGCGUCACCUGGACCACCCGGGACGGGGUCUGGGAGGCCUACCAGGACGGCACCCAGGGCGGCAACGGCGAGAACCUGGCGCCCUAUCACCCCAUCAAGCCCCAAGGCGUGCUGGUGCUGGGCCAGGAGCAGGACACGCUGGGCGGCGGGUUUGAUGCCACCCAGGCGUUCGUGGGCGAGCUGGCGCACUUCAACAUCUGGGACCGCAAGCUGACCCCAGGCGAGGUGUACAACCUGGCCACCUGCAGCUCCAAGGCCCUCGCCGGCAACGUCAUCGCCUGGGCCGAGCCCCACAUCGAGAUCUUCGGGGGCGCCACCAAGUGGACAUUCGAGGCCUGUCGCCAGGUCAACUGAAGCCCCGCCCGCCCGCCCGCCCCUCCUCUGCUUGUGCCGCGACGACUGUCCUGUCUCCCUCCCCAGGAAUGACUCCAGGCCAUUGCCCUCGCGUGUGCGCACACACACACACACACACACACACACGCAUGCACACACACGUCACACGCGCACACACAGCGCCGCGUUUCGCAGCCCGGCUUCCCGUCCCGAGGACGCCCGUUCCCCAGGAGGCCCCAGGCCGGUGACGCAGGCGACACUCUGAGCCAUGCAGUAGGUGAGAGGCUGCGUGUGCGUGUGUGCGCGUGUGCGCGUGUGCGAGCGCCUGUGCCUGCGUCGAUGAGUGCGAGUCUCCAGGGAGGCUCUUCUUUCAGAACGAGGUGUUUCAUUUCCUCCUUCGUGGUGCCCGGAAGCCAUGGGCCGUGGCUCAGCGUCGUCGCAUUUGUCUUUGUUUGCAGAGCCUGUCCGCGCUGCCGCCCUCUCGAUAGCGUGAAUGUGGCUCAGCGUUUGCUGACGGCGGGGCCUGUCCGGGGGGUUACCCUGGGGUGGAGCCAGUUCUCUCGGAGGCUGAAGGCAGGAGUGUCCUGGGAGGGCCCAGCUGCGCUGGGCAGAGGCAGUGGGAGGGGGGUCCUGCCUCGGGCAUCGUGGGGGCGGGCUCCCGCCUCCCUUUCAGCCGCCUGAGAGAGGCGUGCUCCCCCCACCCCCCUUCUGCCUCUGGUGAUAGACAAGCAGAGCCUUCAGGGGGCGGCUGAGAGGGAAACCCACCCCUGAUUAGGACCCGGCCAUGCAGGGCCACCCACAGCCAUACUCCUCCCCGCUCAGGGCCCAGGGAGGGCUCUGCAAGUCCUGGGGGGGGCGGGGCGGGGAGGCAGACAUGGCCAGGCCCGCCCUGACAUGGCCCCGCCCACUCCCCCCGUGCAGGGCUCCAGGCUGGGAUGUCCCCAGCUGGUGACACUGAGACCCAACCCUGUUCAACCGUGUUUCUUCCCCGUGAAAAGCCAUCCUGCACAUUCCUUCUAGUCCUGCGGGGAGGCGUGUGCGUGCGUGUGUGUGCGCUGUGUGCACGUGUGUUGUGUGCGUGUGUGUUGUGCGCGUGCAUUAAGUGAGAGCGCGCUCAGAUGGAGUGUGCCCAGGGUGGGGGGGCUCCCUGCCUUUUGCAGCAUCUGGGGGUCGCACGCCCCGAGGGCACCUGGACUCAAAACGGCAAAUGGCCAGCAUGUCUUUCUGGACCCCUGCCCCCUGCCCGGCUCCCCUGCAGCCGCAGACCUCCCUUCCGGGGCGCAGGGGUCCCCCGUCCUGUCCCCCAGGGGCGCCUGUCCCCCUAAGGCAGGCCCGUCCUGUGUCGGAACCCAGUGCACCUGUGUGUCCGUGUUGGUGUCUGUGCGCGUGUCCACGUGGGCGUCUGCACGGUGCCCGCUGCCGGCCCACAAUGCCUCGCUCUCGUGCAGAGGCCGUGUCCAGGCUGCGCCCCGCGGCUCAGCAGUGGCUGCUUCUGACCCUUGUGCUUCGUCCGGGCCUAGGCCUUGGCACCUGGGGGUCUGCGGGGCCUCCUCUGCUUGCAUGUCCCUCGGGGUGGCGCGUCCCCGGCUCCCUCAGUCCCGUGUGGUUCCCUGUCUGCAUGGACUUCUCCAGUCCUGUGUUCUGUGCCGAGUGCCACCCAUUGUCCCGUGACCAUCCAUGUAGCUACUGAGAACGGCUGCGGAAGCCAGCGAGGGCGCCGGGGGAGGUCCGCGGGCCUCUCCCCCUCCCCGCUCCCCAACACCAAGCGAGCAGUAUCCCCUGUAGGAAGAGAACAGGCCUAGAGCACCCCCCGGAGAGCGUGAGCUUGGAAGCACCCCUAGACCAGACCGCCCCUCCCCUCGGCCACCGGGAGCGGCUGCGAGGCCAGGCCCAGGCUCGGUGCUCUCGGGCAGCGCCCCCACCCGCCCCUGCCAGGCCCGGGACCCAGACCCCAGACCGCCUGCCCAGCGGGCGUGGUGGGAGCUGUCCGUUCAGGACCACAAGCCAUCCUCUGCCCUCACCCCGACGGGCAGAGCAUCCCAGAUGCUACAGACGCGACGUCUGUGUCCACCUCCGACCCUUCCCCCGCCUGCCCCUCCCCUGACGCCCCCCGCGGUGCCAGGGAACCCAGCUGACAUUUAGCUCCCUCCCCGCCCCUCCCCGGAGCCUGUGCAAGCCCCUCGACGCCCUCACUGUGUUAACACUUGGCCCUUGGCCGCCCUGAGAGGGGCUGACACAGCCACAGAUCUAACCCGUUAGUUCCCAUCUCCUCCGUAAUCGGACGGAUGCCCCUCGCACUGACACCCACGCCUUUCUCAGGUAAGCCAUUUUAUAAACACGGAGAUAGACGCACUGUGGGGGCGCCCAGUCCCACGGCCCCCGCGCCCCAGGCGGGAGCGCCGCCCGCAGGCUCCCCCUCGGGGUGGGGGCCUGAGAUCCCACUUGAAUCGUAAGCCUUCUUGCUUUUGAUAACACGGAAUUCUUUCUCUUACUGUAGAAGACAAAGUUUAUUACCAAAACAAGAGUAUUUUUAUGAAAGAAAAGGACAAACCCAGAAAUCCACCCUAUCUUCCCCGGCCAAUACCUUCAGGCUCCGCCGCCACGCUGGGCUGAAAGCGCGUAGUUGGGAGAAAGACACGUUUUGUAUGCUUCUCUUCUUUGCUUUUGUAGACCCCCGCCCCCCAUUCCUUCCUCAGACGCAAAGAUCCCUUUGUCACCAGCCCUGGGGCCUGGGACCAAGGGGGUGUCUCGUGGGCAGCGGAGGGGAGAGAGGCUGACGCGAGGUUCGCGGCCACCCCUCGCGGUCACCCGGGGAGCUCGGGGGCGCGUGGGGACCGGGAUGUGAACGGGCCAGGCCUGGGGCUCGGAGUGGACGUGUCGGGUGGACCGAGUUGAGGCCUCGAGGAACGAGGGUUGUGUGUGGUUCGCGGGAAGGGGAUGGGAUCCCCUGUGACCUCGCGGCGGCCAGGCCGUGGCUGGAAGCGGGGGCGUGUGGAGCCACCUCUCGCGCCACGGCGUGUGAACGAGGCAGCCGUCGGCGGGCCCCGGGCAGCUCGGAAGGGGAACAGGCAUCUGAGGAGAGAGCCCGGUACUCACGCUCCCGACUGUGUCUGAUUUGCCAAAACAAAACCCCUGACGACACAGCAAGCCCCCGGCUGCCGCUGCCGUGUACAUACUGUAGCAUAUGGGAGAGAUCGGUGUACCCCACUUUUUCAUUAUUUGCCAACCAAAGCUGAACAUUUUCAUACGACUCGCAGCCCUGGCCCCGCCACGGGGCAACCCCAGGACCGCCACCUCCCCUCGCGACCGGGAAACGCACCAUUUUUACUGGUCUCCCUGCUUCCUCUCCUUUUCUUGCUGAAACAUGAAUUGUCGAGUUUAUUUUUACACAGUAAAGAGUGAGAAAGACUG